UCAUACACUGUCAUAGCAUGCUGGAUCAUUCCAGCCAUCUCACUUUGCUAUAGCGUCUACUUUGCGAUCGUGGUGUAUAUGCAGUCUCGGAUACCUGACGCCGUGGACUAGCCUACAACUGUUCCUUCCUCGGCACGACCAUCAGUACUGCCCAUUGCGGACCCAGAAAUGGGGGAGAAGCGGUUUUCGAUUUUUCCAGUGUCGGCGGACUCUGGGCCAAAUACACCAAAUCGUUCAUCACACAUUGGACCGUUAUUACUGCCCCUUAUACUCCCUCGACGCCAGCUGACGCUUUCAACGCAAACCCAGCCAGUUUCUAUGAGUCUGCAGCGUCACAGAUCCCUACCCGCAACCCAUCACCUUGCAGGGGGCCCCGCCCCACGACGAACCUUGACCCUUUCUAUUCCAGCACCUCUAGCGCCACAGUCACAAUUCCAACCAGUUCUGAGACCUUCGUCGAAUCCACAAGCAGGCGUUGUGGGUUCGCGACCAGCGGUACGGCAUUCGACGACGACGAUGCCGCCCAGCAAAAUUGGAUCUUCAUCCGACGCGGGUAAUUCCCCAAUUACCGAGAAUCUCACAGCACAAUCCCCACUCUGCAAACGCGGACCUUCGUACCUCAUGUAGCUGUAUCAUGGAACAUGUUGUAUCGUUAGCGAAUGUAUAACUAGUAUACUCCAAAAUACUACUUGGUUACUUCCACUGGCAGUGUGACAGUU